AGCAAGAUUUCCUAAAACAACCUUACUAGUGAAGUUUUCUUUCUUGCACCGGAAGCCAUUCUGUUGCACCAGCGCGAAGUCUCGCGUCCAAUACCUGCCGCUUCGCGCAGAGAGGCAGAGAGAGGAUGGAGGGUUCUUCCAGAUCGAUGGCUCACGACGUUGCAGGCUUCCACGAUACUCUGCGCCUUGGCCUUCCAGGCGUCAAGAAUGAGCUAGCCGUUGCCCACCCUCUCCAGUCUCUGGAUUCGAUGACGGGGAAGCAGGCGGAGAUGAAGAGGAUGCUCCUGGGGAACACCUAUGGAUCAGCGUUCCAUUUGAGAAUGGACCUGGAUAAGCAAAUUCUAUCGAGAUUCCAGAGGCCUUCAGGUGUCCUGCCAUCUUCCAUGGUGGGUUUGGAAGCACUUACUGGCAGCCUGGAAGAUUUUGGCUUUGAAGAUUACCUGAAUGGUAAACAUAUACCUGCUUCAAAAGCCAAGAUCCACUUGAAUCAGAAACUUUCCGGCCAGUGGACAUGCAUCAUGGAAUGGAAGUCCGGCUUGGUUUAUCGAAGGGGCCAGCUUACUCUAGUUUUAUCUGAAGAGGUUCAUUUAAUUUAUGCCUUCUGCAUCAGCUGAUCUCCAUCUAUGUGAUGUUCUAUACUGCUAAAGGAUUGGGAAACAUCUGCCUACGUCAGUUCUUGCAACUUACAUCCCCUGUUAGAUAUGGUGAUUGUGUUUCAUUUACUCGGUCGAAGCGUGAAUGCUAUACUUGUCAAAGUUCUAGUGGGGGACUAAAGUUUAUCGAAUGGUUAUUGCUGAGUUUGAACCCCGGUUGUAGUUUAGUGGCUAUUGGGCUUGGUCGGUGUAAUUGCACCAACAUUUUGCUGGUAAACAUUGUAAAGACAAAAUUUGGAGUUUCUUUCAAAAUUAUAGUCAUACAAAUUCAAGGUGCA